UUAAUAAAUAAAUCUCGACGCGUCUACGCUUCUCGCGGAGCUUUCUUUCCAUUUCCUUCUUCUCCUUCGAUUCGAGAGAAAGCUCUUUGAUUUGGGAGUUCGUGAGGCCUUUGGAUCCGAGAAAAGCCAUGUCUUACGCUUAUCUCUUUAAGUACAUCAUCAUCGGUGACACAGGAGUUGGGAAAUCAUGCCUGCUUUUGCAGUUCACUGAUAAGAGAUUCCAGCCUGUGCAUGACUUAACAAUUGGUGUUGAGUUUGGUGCGAGAAUGAUUACCAUUGAUAACAAGCCCAUAAAGUUGCAAAUAUGGGAUACGGCUGGCCAAGAAUCUUUUCGGUCUAUCACGAGGUCCUACUAUAGAGGAGCUGCUGGUGCUUUGCUGGUCUAUGAUAUCACCAGGAGGGAGACAUUUAAUCAUCUGGCAAGCUGGCUGGAAGAUGCAAGACAACAUGCAAAUGCUAACAUGACCAUCAUGCUGAUUGGGAACAAAUGUGACCUUGCUCAUCGACGUGCUGUCAGCACUGAGGAAGGAGAGCAAUUUGCCAAAGAACAUGGUUUGAUUUUCAUGGAAGCCUCUGCUAAAACUGCACAAAAUGUUGAGGAGGCAUUCAUCAGCACAGCUGCAACAAUUUACAAGAAAAUUCAGGAUGGAGUUUUUGAUGUAUCAAAUGAGUCUUAUGGAAUCAAAGUCGGAUAUGGUGGAAUUCCGGGACCUUCUGGUGGACGCGAUGGCUCAUCUUCUCAAGCUGGUGGAUGCUGCACUUGAACUCCUGGAAAGUAAUAAAGUCAAGCAACUGAUGUUAGUAUCUCCUGCUCUCAUUGUGGUGAUUGCUUGCUUUGCCAUUUGGAACCUGAGCUGGUGCAUGCGCAGUGUGGCACUUAAAGUGUUAAUUUCUCAGAAGUCCUCUUGUAAAAUCUAUUCAGUACUCUUCUUCUGAUCAUCAUUGCAGUGCACUCUCGUGUUUAUGUAUUUUUUUCUUCUUUAAUUGUGAUAAUUGUGAGUCUCUCUUAAUGUUGAAAAUUGUGAUUGUGAAUUUGUGUUUAGGAGUUACUUUGAAUGGAGCAUAUGCUUUAUCUUGAA